AGAGAUCGGCAUGCGCUGCACAACCAUGGGCUGGGGCCAAAUGUUCAUGCACGGCCCUUAUGCAAAUGAAAUAAUGUUCCUGGAUGUUGUGAUAGCCAAUCAUAGUCUCUGCAGCGAGAAAAUAAGAGACUACCACGCGGAGGGUAAUUUAUGCACAAAACCGGAGGCUGACGGAAAUAUUUGCGCCGGCGAUAUGGGCGGUCCCUUGCUAUGCGAGGACCACUUGGUGGGCAUCAUCGGUGGAGCUCAGCAAUGCAUUCGUGUUGACGCCAUUAAAUUCGUAAACUACACGUAUUUCGAAGGCUGGGUUGAUCGCACAGUUUAUCAGCUAACAGGAGCUGCGGCGUUCCACAAUCUAGCGAUAUAUCUAUUAAUUAGUCAAGUCAUGUAG